AUUGCUUUUCAUAGUUGAGGUUCCGCCCAACUUAAGCGCUCGGUUUUAAAUAACUUUUUCAGGGCAUUGGUGAAUAAGGGGCGGUUUUAACUGGAUGCAUUUUAUAUACAAAUGCAUAUCUCUUUAAAUAUUCAUACAUCUUGAAGUAGAAGAAGGAAACUUUUGACAUUUCGGUUUAAAUUUGCUGUUUAAGGCGAUUGUUAUUCUUAAGAACGAGUUCGAUUUUUAUUUUAGUUUCGUGUUCUGUAGAGUAGCGGACAUAAUAUAACGUGCGAUAUAUUACUUUGGAUUAACCGGGUUAUGAUGUAAUAGCCAUCUGCUUAGAUUGUGUGCUAUAAAGGCCUGUGUUUUCAGGAUUUACUGUAAAGAGUAAACCAUGGGGAAGAUCCCGGUAAUACUGCUUCUUUGUUUGUUUUACCCGGCAACAUGUGAAGAGGAAAUGUGUAAUGUGACCACUGUAGCCAAUACAUCUGUAAACACGAACCAGACUACCGUAUCGUCCAACAAGACUAUUACGUAUACCUGUAACGCUGAUUACCAACACAUUGCUGGUGACCUUACAAGAACGUGCUAUAACGGCUCAUUUGAUGGCACGGAACCAACGUGUGAAGUGAAAAUGUGUAAUGUGACCACUGUAGCCAAUGCAUCUGUAAACACGAACCAGACUACCGUAUCGUCCAACGAGACUGUUACGUAUACCUGUAACGCUGAUUACCAACACAUUGCUGGUGACCUUACAAGAACGUGCUAUAACGGCUCAUUUGAUGGCACGGAACCAACGUGUGAAGAAACGUUGCCAACAACAUCGUCAACAACAGCUGCCAAUGUAACCGAGACUUCAUCGUCUCCCUCAACAACGGCUGUCAAUGCAUCCGAGACUUCAACGUCUUCCUCAACAACGGCUGUCAAUGUCACCGAGAUUUCAACGCCUUCCUCAACAACGGCUGUCAAUGCAACCGAGUCUUCAACGCCUUUCUCAACAACGGCUGUCAAUGUCACCGAGUCUUCAACGCCUUUCUCAACAACGGCUGUCAAUGUCACCGAGUCUUCAACGCCUUCCUCAACAACGGCUGUCAAUGCAACCGAGUCUUCAACGCCUUCCUCAACAACGGCUGUCAAUGCAACCGAGUCUUCAACGCCUUCCUCAACAACGGCUGUCAAUGCAACCGAGUCUUCAACGCCUUCCUCAACAACGGCUGUCAAUGUCACCGAGUCUUCAACGCCUCCCUCAACAACGGCUGUCAAUGUCACCGAGUCUUCAACGCCUCCCUCAACAACGGCUGUCAAUGCAACCGAGACUUCAACGCCUCCCUCAACAACGGCAGUCAAUGCAACCGAGUCUUCAUCGCCUUCCUCAACAACGGCUGUCAAUGUAACCGAGUCUUCAUCGCCUUCCUCAACAACGGCUGUCAAUGUAACCGAGUCUUCAUCGCCUCCCUCAACAACGGCUGUCAAUGUAACCGAGUCUUCAUCGCCUCCCUCAACAACGGCUGUCAAUGCAACCGAGUCUUCAUCGCCUCCCUCAACAACGGCUGUCAAUGCAACCGAGUCUUCAUCGCCUCCCUCAACAACGGCUGUCAAUGCAACCGAAUCUCCAUCGCCUUCCUCAACAACGGCUGUCAAUGCAACCGAGUCUUCAACGCCUUCAUCAACAACGGCUGUCAAUGCAACCGAGUCUUCAACGCCUCCCUCAACAACGGCUGUCAAUGUAACCGAGUCUUCAACGCCUCCCUCAACAACGGCUGUCAAUGCAACCGAGUCUUCAACGCCUUCCUCAACAACGGCUGUCAAUGUAACCGAGUCUUCAACGCCUCCCUCAACAACGGCUGUCAAUGCAACCGAGUCUUCAACGCCUUCCUCAACAACGGCUGUCAAUGCAACCGAGUCUUCAACGCCUUCCUCAACAACGGCUGUCAAUGCAACCGAGUCUUCAACGCCAUCCUCAACAACGGCUGUCAAUAUAACCGAGUCUUCAACGCCAUCCUCAACAACGGCUGUCAAUGUAACCGAGUCUUCAACGCCUUCCCCAACAACGGCUGGCAAUGUAACCGAGUCUUCAACGCCUUCCUCAACAACGGCUGUCAAUGUAACCGAGUCUGCAUCGCCUGUCUCAACGACGGCUGUCAAUGUAACCGAGUCUUCAACGCCUGUCUCAACGACGGCUGGCAAUGUAACCGAGUCCUCAACGCCUGUCUCAACGACGGCUGCGAAUGUAACCGAGUCCUCAACGCCUGUCUCAACAACGGCUGUGAAUGUAAUCGAGUCUUCAACGCCUUCCUCAACAACGGCUGCGAAUGUAACCGAGUCUUCAUCGCCUUCCUCAACAACGGCUGCGAAUGAAACCGAGUCUUCAUCGCCUUCCUCAACAACGGCUGUCAAUGUAACCGAGUCUUCAACGCCUUCCUCAACAACGGCUGUAAAUGAAACCGAGUCUUCAUCGCCUCCCUCAACAACGGCUGUCAAUUCAACGGAGUCUUCAUCGCCUCCGUCAACAACUGCUGUCAAUGCAACGGAGUCUUCAUCGCCUCCCUCAACAACGGCUUUCAAUGCAACGGAGUCUUCAUCGCCUUCCUCAACAACGGCUGUCAAUGUAACCGAGUUUUCAUCGCCUUCCUUAACAACGGCUGUCAAUGCAACGGAGUCUUCAUCGCCUCCCUCAACAACGGCUGUCAAUGCAACGGAGUCUUCAUCGCCUCCCUCAACAACGGCUUUCAAUGUGACCGAGUCUUCAUCGCCUCCCUCAACAACGGCUGUCAAUGCAACCGAGACUUCAUCGCCUUCCUCAACAACGGCUGGCAAUGUAACCGAGUCUGCAUCGCCUGUCUCAACGACGGCUGGCAAUGUAACCGAGUCUUCAACGCCUGUCUCAACGACGGCUGGCAACGUGACCGAGUCUUCAUCGCCUCCCUCAACAACGGCUGUCAAUGCAACGGAGUCUUCAUCGCCUCCCUCAACAACGGCUUUCAAUGUGACCGAGUCUUCAUCGCCUCCUUCAACAACGGCUGUCAAUGCAACCGAGACUUCAUCGCCUUCCUCAACAACGGCUGGCAAUGUAACCGAGUCUGCAUCGCCUGUCUCAACGACGGCUGGCAAUGUAACCGAGUCUUCAACGCCUGUCUCAACGACGGCUGGCAAUGUAACCGAGUCUUCAACGCCUGUCUCAACGACGGCUGUGAAUGUAACCGAGUCUUCAACGCCUUCCUCAACAACGGCUGUGAAUGUAACCGAGUCUUCAACGCCUUCCUCAACAACGGCUGCGAAUGUAACCGAGUCUUCAUCGCCUUCCUCAACAACGGCUGCGAAUGAAACCGAGUCUUCAUCGCCUUCCUCAACAACGGCUGUCAAUGUCACCGAGUCUUCAACGCCUUCCACAACAACGGCUGUCAAUGUCACCGAGUCUUCAACGCCUUCCUCAACAACGGCUGUCAAUGAAACCGAGUCUUCAUCGCCUCCCUCAACAACGGCUGUCAAUUCAACGGAGUCUUCAUCGCCUCCGUCAACAACGGCUGUCAAUUCAACGGAGUCUUCAUCGCCUCCCUCAACAACGGCUUUCAAUGCAACGGAGUCUUCAUCGCCUUCCUCAACAACGGCUGUCAAUGUAACCGAGUUUUCAUCGCCUUCCUUAACAACGGCUGUCAAUGCAACGGAGUCUUCAUCGCCUCCCUCAACAACGGCUGUCAAUGCAACGGAGUCUUCAUCGCCUCCCUCAACAACGGCUUUCAAUGUGACCGAGUCUUCAUCGCCUCCCUCAACAACGGCUGUCAAUGCAACCGAGUCUUCAUCGCCUUCCUCAACAACGGCUGUCAAUGUAACCGAGACUUCAUCGCCUUCCUCAACAACGGCAGUCAAUGCAACCGAGACUUCAUCGCCUCCCUCAACAACGGCUGUCAAGGCCACCGAGUCUUCAUCGCCUCCCUCAACAACGGCUGUCAAUGUAACCGAGUCUUCAACGCCUUCCUCAACAACGGCUGUCAAUGUAACCGAGUCUUCAACGCCUUCCUCAACAACGGCUGUCAAUGUAACCGAGUCUUCAUCGCCUUCUUCAACAACGGCUGUCAAUGUAACCGAGUCUUCAUCGCCUCCCUCAACAACGGCUGUCAAUGUGCCUCCCUCAACAACGGCUGUCAAUGUGACCGAGUCUUCAUCGCCUCCCUCAACAACGGGUUUCAAUGUGACCGAGUCUUCAUCGCCUCCCUCAACAACGGCUGUCAACGUGACCGAGUCUUCAUCGCCUCCCUCAACAACGGCUGUCAAUGUGACCGAGUCUUCAUCGCCUCCCUCAACAACGGCUGUCAAUGUGACCGAGUCUUCAUCGCCUCCCUCAACAACGGCUGUCAAUGUGACCGAGUCUUCAUCGCCUCCCUCAACAACGGCUGUCAAUGUCACCGAGUCUUCAACGCCUUCCUCAACAACGGCUGUCAAUGUGACCGAGUCUUCAUUGCCUCCCUCAACAACGGCUUUCAAUGUGACCGAGUCUUCAUCGCCUCCCUCAACAACGGCUGUCAAUGUGACCGAGUCUUCAACGCCUUCCUCAACAACGGCUGUCAAUGUGACCGAGUCUUCAACGCCUUUCUCAACAACGGCUUUCAAUGUGACCGAGUCUUCAUCGUCUCCCUCAACAACGGCUGUCAAUGCAACCGAGUCUUCAACGCCUUCCUCAACAACGGCUGUCAACGUGACCGAGUCUUCAUCGCCUCCCUCAACAACGGCUGUCAAUGCAACCGAGUCUUCGACGCUCGUCUCAACAACGGCUGUCAAUGUAACCGAGUCUUCAACGCUUGUCUCAACAACGGCUGUCAAUGUAACCGAGUCUUCAACGCCUUCCUCAACAACUGCUGUCAAUGUAACAGAGUCUUCAAUGCCUUCUUCAACAACGGCUGUCAAUGUUACCGAGUCUGCGACGCCUUCCUCAACAACGGCUGUCAAUGUAACCGAAUCUUCAUCGCCUCCCUCAACAACGGCUGUCAAUGUAACUGAGACUUCAUCGCCUUCCUCAACAACGGCUGUCAAUGCAACCGAGUCUUCAUCGCCUCCGUCAACAACGGCUGUCAAUGCCACCGAGUCUUCAUUGCCUCCCUCAACAACGGCUGUCAAUGUAACCGAGUCUUCAUCGCCUUCCUCAACAACGGCUGUCAAUGUAACCGAGUCUUCAUCGCCUCCCUCAACAACGGCUGUCAAUGUAACUGAGUCUUCAUCGCCUGUCUCAACAACGGCAGUCAAUGUCACCGAGUCUUCAACGCCUUCCUCAACAACGGCUGUCAAUGUCACCGAGUCUUCAACGCCUUCCUCAACAACGGCUGUCAAUGUUACCGAGUCUUCAACGCCUUCCUCAACAACGGCUGUCAAUGCAACCGAGUCUUCAACGCCUUCCUCAACAACGGUUGUCAAUGCAACCGAGUCUUCAACCCCUCCCUCAACAACGGCUGUCAAUGUAACCGAGAUUUCAACGCCUUCCUCAACAACGGCUGUCAAUGCAACCGAGUCUUCAACGCCUCCCUCAACAACGGCUGUCAAUGUAACCGAGUCUUCAACGCCUUCCCCAACAACGGACAAUGCAACUGCUAAUUCAACCACAGUCACAACCACCUUCAUAACAACGUCUCCAAUAAACACAACGGAGCAGCGUUCUACACCUGUGUCCACCGCAGCACCUACAACUGGGGACACUACAGCACCUACAACUGGGGACACCGCAUCGCCAACAUCUGGGUCCACCGCAUCGCCUACAAGUGGGUCCACUGCAGCGCCUACAUCUGGGUCCACCGGAGCGUCUACAACUGGGUCCACUGAAGCGCCUACAAAUGGGUCCACCGCAGCGCCCACAUCUGGGUCCACCGAAGCGCCGACAACUGGGUCCACAACUGGGUCCACCGCAGCACCUACUAAUGGGUCCACCGCAGCGCCUACAUCUGGGUCCACCGAAGCGCCUACAACUGAAUCCACCGCAGCGUCUACAACUGGGUCCACCAAAGCGCCUACAUCUGGGUCCACCGAAGCGCCUACAACUGGGUCAACCGAAACGCCUACAACUGGGUCCACCGCAGCGCCUACUUUUUCGUCCACCGCAUCGCCUACAACUGGGUCCACCGCAGCGCCUACAACAUCACCAGUCACAGUAUGUACAGUUCCAGCAGUAGAAAAUGCAGUUAACCGACCAUCAAAUUCGCAGACUGUAGGAAUCGGUGUAGAUGUCACAUUUGCCUGUAACAACGGUUAUAAACUUGUUGGGAACAAAACCAUUACUUGCCAAGCUGGCGGGAUUUUCAAUGGCACUCAUCCGACUUGCACAAGAAUAACCUGCGCGGUACCAUCUGUUGAUAAUGCAAACAUAUCGCCAGAUAGUCAAACCGUUGUGUUUGGAGCUUCCGUCACAUACACAUGUAACAGCGGCUUUGACCUUUCCGGUGCCGCAACAAUUACCUGUUCAUCCGAUGGUACAUUCGGGUCUGUUCCAUCAUGCGCAGCUACAACUCGAGCAAAUUGCGGUCUUCACCUCGCAUUUGGCACAAGUGCGGGCGAUACAACAAGCCCAAAGUCAGAUGACAGUUGUCGAGUUGAAAUUGCAACAAACUAUAACAUACCUUUCAUACUUGGCGCGGGAUAUAGGCGGGUUUAUAUUUGUCCAAAUGGACUUAUGUGUUUUGGUCGGAAGUACGAAGGAUAUACAAUACCGCAAAGAAAUAGAGUAGUAAACUCAGAGUUCACGGGGUCGUUUUGUCUUGCUCCUUAUUUUACUGACUUAAAUCCGAAUAGCGCCGGCGAUGUAUUUUACCAAGUUUACGAUAGCCUCAGCUCCGAUGUCAACCAGACAGUUUAUGCUAAAGUAAAGGCUUUAGUUGAAGCUCAGUAUGCCACCACGAACUUCCUGCCACAGUACAUUGUCAAAGCCACGUGGGAUCAAAUUCCCCGAUUUGGUGGCCCUACUGCAGAGACAGUGACAUUUCAAGCUAUCUACACCACGGACGGUACCCAUGCGUAUGCACUUUACUCUUACCAGCCAGGUGGUAUGAAAUUCGAAAAUGGUGAUCAAUUUAUAGGGUAUAUCAACAAUGGCUAUGCGUUCGGGGAAUUUGACACUUCGACUAAUGGCUCAUUUUUACGCCGACCGGAUAAAAAUUUGGAACUUGGUGCUUCAGGUUGCAUCGGUGGGGCAACAUAUGACGUAUCAGUAGAUGAAGCGGCUCUACAAAAUAGUAGAUUAAAAUGUCUUGCAUGGCAUAAAAAAGAAUCUGGCAACAGACAAUAUUAUAUUAAUCAAUUAAACCGAAUGCCACUAUGUCCUUGCUUUAUCGAAUUCAUGUGGUGGGAUCCGCGGUUUAGUGUAUGGGAUUAUGAGUGGCAAAACGGAUAUGAGGUCAUCAGCAUUCCCUUAUUUCCAAGUCGGAGAGGUGGCAUCUAUCCGAACGGAAAGAACUGUGUAUAUAACUGGCGUACCUGGUCUUUUAUCGGCUCAGGGAAGUCGGCCGGCACAUUUACCAAAUACAGCCCACUUGUUGAUCGUCGACUUAAUGCUCUCGAGGACAGGCAGUAUAAACGUGUUUGCUGCGAUGAAGCCGAUCUUUGUGAAAAGUAUUGGGACGUAAGGCCUGUAGCUCGAUCGUGUUAUACAAGAUCGCCAUUUACUUUGAGAGCUCGUGGUUCUGGUGAUCCCCAUAUUAAUACAUUAGAUGGAAAAGGCUAUACAUUUAACGGCCACGGUGAAUACCAGUUGCUAAAAAUCCCUUCAUCAAAUUUGACCAUACAGAGCAGAACAGAUCGUGCCGUAAAGGCAGAUGGCAACGCAUCAGAAGCGACGGUGUUUUCCGGGUUUGCUAUUCAAGGAGAUGAAGUUUGGGCUCAGGCGGAACUAAAUGCAACCAAAACAGGAAUUUUACUGUUCGUUGGCAACAACAAAAGUAGCUGGUCCGAUUUCACGGACACGUACAACAAUGAAACUGCAGAAGUAUUGAUAAGAAACUACGAAGGCAUAACAGUGUCUGUGUCCCGAAAUGACUCGCAAGCAAUAAAAACCAGCAUUUCGAUUGUUUUGUCAGAUUUAGGCGUCACCUUCAAUGUUUCACUUGGCUCAAGGCUUCUUCAGAUGGGCAUAAGUAUGAACGCCGAUUUGAAGAACAAAGACGCAGUGGGUCUUCUGGGAAAUUACAACGAUGAUCCAGAUGAUGAUCUUGUGCCUAGAGAGGGAAAUGAGCCAAUAACAGACACAUCUGAAAGUAACAUAUUCCGGGCUUUUGGACAGACAUGGAUGACGACUGAAGCAGAGUCCAUAUUCAAAUAUGAUGAAGGGAUUACACACAAUGAUUUUUCUCAUCCGGAGUUUACACCGCAGUUUUUGGAGGAAGCGAAUCAAACCAUGGUACAAGAGGCGAAUACAACAUGCAAUGGAAAUAUCCAGUGUAUUUUUGAUUUUGUGUUCACCGGGGACAGACAACUCGCAUUGCAAACCGGAAGUACUGAGGAAUUAGCAGAUGAAGCGAUUGCAGACGCAAGUAACGUGGUACCAAAUAUAACAGUUGUAUCAGGACUUACAACAAAUGAUGAAACCGGCCAGCACUUUUUACACGUUGAAAAGGACACAGAAGCUAGUUUCAUAGUAAACGGAGAGGAUGACGGAACAAUUACAUAUGAGUUUGCUGACAAUACUGACAACGUAGCAACAUUUUCGGAUCCUGCCUCAGGAAAUGGGAAGGAAAUAAAGUUUACCUUAAGUAGCCUUGACGUCGUGAAAGUCAGCGUCUUUGUUCGUGAUGACAAAAACGUAACCUCCUCAGAAAUUGAGGUCACAAUCAUCUACUGCAAUGGUUGUACUGGAAACGGUCAGUGUAAUUACAAUAGUCACAGAGAAGGAGAGGGAACAGAUAGCUUCCGAAUUGCCGUGUGCGAUUGCCCUUUUAAUUGGGAAGGGAAUGACUGCGAAACGGACUUUGACGGCUGUGCUACCGACCCUUGUGCUAUUGGUCAGAAUUGCUCGGAUGUUUCUGCUACCGGGCACACAGAGAACGGACCGGCUUAUAACUGCAGUGAAUGUCCGGAUGGAUACACUGUCGUAGGAACAAAAUGUGAAGAUAUUGACGAGUGUAAUACCACCACUCCAUGUGAUUCCAACAGUGUUUGCACCAAUACGCCCGGUAGUUACUACUGCACGUGUAACAUGGGCUUUAGGCUUUCAACUUCAAAUAGAACAGUUUGCCUUGAUAUAAAUGAGUGUAACGAGGCUACAUCUGGAUGUGAUCAAAUCUGUAACAACACAGUUGGUUCCUUCGAAUGCAGUUGCUUCCCGGGGUUCAACCUGACGGGAUCUGCGUGUACUGCAGCGACUCCCCCUGAUGCGUGUAAUGCAAUCAACUGUAGCGGUGCAGUUGGGUGCACAACGGACGCCGACAACGAUGCAAGGUGCUUCUGUAACGCAGGAUAUAGCCUCAUAGCAGGAAAUAACACUUGCACAGAUACAAAUGAAUGCGACAAUGGUCCUUGCUCCCAAACCUGCUCGAAUUCUGAGGGUAGUUUUAGCUGUAGCUGCCUGACAGGAUAUAAACUGGGGACAGACCGAGUGUCCUGCACACAAUGUCCCUAUCCAACCUUUGGUGAAAACUGUGCAUCUACCUGCCAAUGUGGAAGAGGGGCAAAUAGAUGCGACUCAGUCAGGGGAUGCAUCUGCAAUUCUGGAUGGCAGGGGGUUAACUGCGAUGGGGAUAUAAAUGAGUGCAAUACGCCCAAUGUUUGUAACGAUGCCAACAAAGAGUGUGCCAACACUAUUGGGUCUUACACGUGUUCAUGUCGAAGUGGUUAUUACAAAGACGCUAACGGAACAUGUCAAGACGUUAACGAGUGUGAGUCAGACCAGCUGAACACGUGCGAACAGACGUGUACCAACUCUCCCGGAAGUUUCGUCUGCUCCUGUAACACGGGGUAUAAUGUGGAUCCUGGCAACGCUUUGCGAUGCGUCGACUAUGAUGAGUGUGAUGCAGGAGUUUCCGGCUGUCAGCAGAAAUGCCUUAAUUCAGUUGGAAGAUUCAGCUGCGAAUGUUAUUUCGGAUACCGUUUAAAUGACGACAGAAAAACCUGUUACCAAGUGCAAGACGUGUGUGCUGCAGAAUUCCCCGACUUUGGUUGCUCACAUAUAUGUAAGGUAGAAAACCAGCAGGCCUUUUGUCUGUGUGAAACGGGCUAUGAGUUGUCUACUGACAAUAAAACAUGCAUAGAUAUCAACGAGUGUUUGACAAGCGGCUCCUGCUCAGAUACUGCUACUUGCACCAACAAAGAUGGAGGCUAUGACUGUGCAUGUCCAAGGGGCAAGAAACUUGCAAAUGACAAAAGAACUUGCACGGUAUGUGAUUCCAACCAUUACGGUGACAACUGUGCUCUUGAAUGCAACUGCGGUGUCGGGUCUUCUCGCUGUGACAGUCAAACAGGAUGCGUAUGCAAAUCAGAUGGUUGGAUUGGAGCCAAAUGUGACCAGGAUACGGACGAAUGUGCCAUAGGAACACAUAAUUGCACAGGAACCAACGAACAAUGUAGAAACACCCCCGGAUCAUUUGUUUGCGAGUGUUUACCUGGAUACCAAAGAAAUGCAGAAAAUAUAUGUGAAGAUAUUGAAGAGUGUAUAAUUCCGUCACUGAAUACAUGUAGCCAACAGUGUGAGAACGUGCCUGGAUCUUUUACGUGCAGCUGUCAUGAUGGCUUCACGGAGUCGGGCAAUUCUUGCAAUGAUGUUAACGAAUGCUCAACAAGUACCCACGGCUGUGGACAAACUUGCGAAAACACAAUCGGAAGUUACCGAUGCACUUGUAAUGAUGGGUACAGACUGGACCUUACAGACUUCAAAACUUGCAUUCCCUCCAAUGUAUGCUCCAACAGCAGCUAUUGUAGUGACAACGCUGAUUGUGCCAACAAUGAUGGGACGGACACGUGUACCUGUCAUACAGGUUUCAAGUUCGUGUCCGGAUCUGUGACGAUUUGUGAAGACAUCAAGGAAUGCGAUUCAGUUCCCUGUACCCAAUUGUGCAUAGAAAGAAUUGGCUCAUUCGAAUGUGUCUGUAAUCAGACCGGAUUCAAACUGGAUGCAGAUGCCACAACAUGCAUAGAAUGUCCCCAAGGAGAGUACGGUCCAAACUGCACAGAAUCAUGUGCUUGUACUGAAGCAAAUACUGACAGAUGCGACCCUAUAGACGGCACAUGUAAUUGCAAGCCAGGAUAUAACCUAACAGAUUGCUCAAAUGACAUAAACGAAUGUAAAGAUGGAUCGGCAGUUUGUCCAACUAAUUCCGAAUGUAGCAAUAUACCUGGAUCGUAUGUUUGUAACUGCAAAAGUGGAUAUUUGAAAACUGCAACAGGCCAAUGUCAAGAAUGUUCUAACGGUAAGUUUGGUGAGAACUGUGCCCAGACCUGCGCAUGCAACAUGACAAACACAGAUAGUUGUGACAAGGUCACCGGAAAUUGCCAAUGCAAGCCUGUCUGGAAUGGAACUACUUGCAACGAGGAUGUUGACGAAUGUAAUAUGGGUGGUCCCGGUCCAUGCGCGGUAAAAAAGAAUACAACAUGCAACAAUACGUAUGGAUCUUAUGAAUGCAAUUGUGUUUCUGGUUAUCAGGAAGACGCUACUGGCUGUGUAGAUAUAAAUGAAUGUUUAACCCAAUCCGGACUAUGCAAUCAGGAUUGCGUGAACACCCCUGGUUUAUACACUUGUGUUUGUUCCCCGGGAUUUUCUGGAGAUGGCGAAACCUGUACACUCGUGACCUGCAAUGUGUCAAACGUUCCUAACGCAAUUGCUAACCAAUCAGUGGUUGACGUCAACAACUCCGUAACAUACGAAUGUAACACAACGUACGUCCAUACAGCCGGUGACUUGACCAGAUGGUGUUUAGCAAAUGGAACAUUGAACGGAACAGAACCCGUUUGCUCUGUCGUGACCUGCAAUGUGUCAAACGUUCCUAACGCAAUUGCUAACCAAUCAGUGGUUGACAUCAACAAAUCCGUAACAUACGAAUGUAACACAACGUACGUCCAUACAGCCGGUGACCUGACCAGAUGGUGUUUGGCUAAUGGAACAUUGAACGGAACAGAACCCGUUUGCUCUGUCGUGACAUGCAAUGUGUCAAACGUUCCUAACGCGAUUGCUAACCAAUCAGUGGUUGACAUCAACAACUCCAUAACAUACGAAUGUAACACAACAUACAUCCAUACAGGCGGUGACCUGACCAGAUGGUGUUUAGCAAAUGGAACAUUGAACGGAACAGAACCGCGUUGCUCUGUCGUGACCUGCAAUGUGUCAAGCGUUCCUAACGCAAUUGCUAACCAAUCAGUGGUUGACAUCAACAACUCCGUAACAUACGAAUGUAACACAACAUACUACCAUAAAGCCGGUGACCUGACCAGAUGGUGUUUAACAAAUGGAACAUUGAACGGAACAGAACCCGUCUGCUCAGCUUGCAGUGGAAACACUUACGGUGAUAGUUGUAACAACAUGUGCGAUUGUGCGACUGAUCAUGCCGAAACGUCUGAGCAGACGUGCAACCACACAACAGGCGCGUGUAUGUGCAGGGCUCAGUGGGGUGGUUCUCGGUGUGAGAUAGAUGUGGAUGAGUGCGCUGAUCCGCUGCUCAACAACUGUACUGCACAAAAUAAAUACUGUCACAACAUCAUUGGUGGAUAUAAUUGUUCAUGUUUGCGCAACUACCAAGAGAACAGUAAUGGCACCUGUGUGCUAUUUACUGCUACUACCACAACAUUAGCUCCAGAAGAGGAUGGUAUAGAAGUGUUUAUUGUUUUCCAAAUUCCUGCAACGACAUUGCAGAAUGUUAAUUUCUCGAUAGCGAGCACUUUUCAAAAAUGGGCAGACGAUGUUGGACAAACGCUUUUGAAAUACUACAUGGCGACAAUGGGAAACAGAGUUAAAAGAGUCAAUGUUUUUCACAUUGAAAUUGGCAGUCUCAAAGUUAACGCAACAAUAAUCAAAGAAGAUUCUGAGGAGGCUGCCCAACUGCUCAGUCAAGCCACAAGUGAAUUAGAUAACGUCAUGUUGGAAGUCAAUGGUGAAAACUAUACCGCAACAGCUAGUGCGUUGGCUGGUGUUCAAAUUGACCACAAUGCCGACUCAGCAAAAUUGUUGUGUGAUCUGUAUAUACUGGAUCGUGGUUCAUGUGGCGAUAAACAAGUGUGUGUUGUAAUAAACACGAAACCGGUCUGCCAACCAAUGAAAGACGACGACAACCUAGAUCUUGUGCUUGGACUUGGGAUUGGAUUUCCACUGUUCUUUUUAUUGGCUAUUGUCAUUUUCCUGGUAAUAAAGUUAACAUUGAAAAGGAGACAGCAGAAAAGGAGAUUCUACACUGAGGAGGGUAUGGGGAUAUCGGGUUUCCCGAACAACGGAUUUUUCCCGACUGCAAUGCCUACAAAAAUCAACACAUGGGGAAGGAACGAUUCAGCAUACAGACCUCAGGAAUGGGAAGAGGAAAGCUCAACCUCUUCCGGAAGUUCCGACGAUGUUCGCCGAAAGCGGAAGUACAAGGAUCGCGAUAACUAUGGUGAAACACAGGUUCAUGAUCAUCAACCAUCCAUGUUCUCUUGGGACUUUAUGUACAACUACAUCAAUCCGAAUGAACCGUACCGCAUCCAGCGUCCUCAAUAUCGGCCACAACCUUGAAAAUUGUAACCAAAGAUUGCAUCCAGAGACUCUUCAUAGUGCUGUAUAUAUGCUGCUAACGGAUUAAUUAAGAAAAGAAUAUCACCUCAUUCUUCUUGAAAUAAUGAGAUUUCAGGGAUAAAACAAUGAAUAUAUCAAAAGACAAAUGUGUAAAUAUUGCUUUCAUAUAAUUCUACAGUCCAUAUAUAUAUAUAUAUAUAUAUAUAUAUAUAUAUAUAUAUAUAUAUAUAUAUAUACUAUUUUUGAAAUAAUCAUCAUGUACUGUAUUAAUUAGACAUGUAUAACACGUGAGAUAUGCUUCGGUGAUACUCUCGUUUUGCAUUGACAAGAAAUGCUGCUAAAAUGUAUACUAACAAACGGAGCUAAUUCAGUGAAAUUGGUACAUAUUUACAUUAUGUUGUGUAUUAUGGGCUGUAUGUAUAUAAUUGUUUUCACUUCAAACAACAAGAGUUAUUUUCUUCGUAAGGGUAUCUUUCAUAAAGUAAAUGUAUAUUUUAAUUGUUUUUUUAAAGCAUGUUUUGCCAUUCUCGCGAUAAGUGGGGCUUAUUUUAUCUGAACAUAUAGUUGUUCAGUCAUUAGUUUGUUAAUAUAUUCUUCCAUUUGAGUCAUAGUUUGCUUUUAUGUCACUUCCAGGCGUAGUUAGUACAACUGCUAACAUUUCCUUAUAGACAUACACUUAGAACGAGGGAAACGGCUCUUGUAAAUGUUGAGCCCAAAUCUAUUUCUUGAUCUAUUUUUAUAUUAUGAUUAUAUCUUGUAUAUCUUGUAUUAUCAAAGUAUAUUUAAAUCCAAACUACCAGGUUCGUACAUUUUUCCAAUUUACACGUUCUAUUAUAUACCUUUUAUAUAUAUAAUUCAAACAUUAUUAUCCAAAUAGAAUUCAAAUAUUAUAUUCCAAAACUAAUUGUAUUAGAUAAAUGUACAUUUUUUUUCAAACCAAUGUAAAUGUGUUCAGUGCCAGAAGUAAUACCGUUUACAUUAAAAGACAUGAUUCAACAUUUUCCAAUUAAAGUCCUGAUAAUUUGAGUGCUUUGACGCGUUUAGUAUUUUUUCACUCAUUGGUAAUGGGACUGAAGGUACAACGAAAAAACAAGUUGUUUAGAAUGGUGAUUCUGUAAAUAUUAUUGUGUUUCAUAUCAUUGACUUUUAUUUCAUAUUCUCAUUCGCAUUUUGUAUGACUAUGCACAUGCUGUCAGCUAUUUUUAAACGUAACCCUAUUAUUAUUAUAUAAUGGAAAUAUACUGCAAUAAAUUUUAAAGUUG